CCCCCAGGGGAAGUGCUGCUACCCCCGCGGCCCGUGUGCCUCCGGUCGGGACACCCGCUGCGCCUGGGGCUGCGGUGCCAUCGCUGCCAGGAGAAGGGCGAGACCUUUGUCCACUGGAGCCUGGGCCUGGGCUCCUCUCAGCAGGAGAUGGAGAAGCUGUGGCGGUCGGAGGGAGGCCGGGGGAACAGCCAGAGGAGGAGGAAGCGCAACGCCAACGCCAGCCCGCAGUUCCAGUUGCCCACCUACCAAGUGUCGGUGCCGGAGAACAGGCCGGCCGGCACCCCCGUGAUCUUGCUGCGGGCCUUGGACCCUGACGAGGGCGAGUGGGGCCGCUUGGACUAUUCCAUGGAUGCUCUCUUUGACAGCCGCUCCAACAGCUUCUUUGCCAUUGACCCGCAGACGGGGGCCGUGACCACAGCUGAAGAGUUGGACCGGGAGACCAAAAGCACCCACGUGUUCCGCGUGACAGCCACGGACCAUGGCAUGCCACGCCGCACGGCCCUGGCCACCCUCACCAUCACUGUCAGCGACACCAAUGACCACGACCCUGUCUUCGAGCAGCAGGAGUACAAGGAGAGCAUGCGCGAGAACCUGGAGGUGGGCUACGAAGUGCUGACAGUGAGAGCCACGGACGGAGAUGCCAGCCCCAACGCCAACAUCCUCUACCGCGUCCUGAAUGGGAACGGGGCCAACAGGAUCUUUGAGAUCGACCCCAAGUCCGGUGUCAUCCGCACCAACGGCCUGGUGGACCGAGAAGUUGUGGAGUCCUACCAGCUGAUUGUGGAAGCCAACGACCAAGGCAAAGACCCGGGACCACGCAGUACCACGGCCACCAUCCAUAUCACUGUGGAAGAUGACAAUGACAACUCACCACAAUUCAGCGAGAAACGCUACAUCGUGCAAGUAUCAGAGAAUGUGGCCUCAAACACCCACAUCCUUCGGGUGAAUGCCACAGACCGUGACAAAGGCAGCAAUGCCCUUGUGCAUUACAGCAUCAUGAGUGGCAACACCCGGGGACAGUUCUACAUUGAUGCCCAGACAGGUAACAUUGAUGUCGUCAGCCAGCUUGACUACGAGAUGAAUAAGGAAUACACCCUUCGCAUUAGGGCCCAGGAUGGAGGAAGGCCUCCUCUCUCCAACAUCAGUGGGCUGGUGACUAUCCAGGUAUUGGAUGUCAAUGACAAUGCCCCCAUCUUUGUCAGCACCCCUUUCCAGUCCACGGUGCUGGAGAACGUGCCUGUGGGCUACUCUGUUAUCCACAUUCAAGCCAUCGAUGCAGAUUCAGGGGAGAAUGCUCGACUAGAGUAUGCUCUGGUUGACACGACCACUGAUUUCCCCUUUACGAUCAAUAACAACACAGGCUGGAUUGUAGUGGCCUCUGAGUUGGAUCGUGAGGCUGUGGACUUUUACAACUUUGGUGUUGAGGCCCGGGACCACGGCAGCCCUCCGAUGACCUCUUCAGCCAGUGUCAGCAUUACCAUUCUGGAUGUCAAUGACAACAACCCUGAGUUCACUCAAAAGGAAUAUACUAUGCGUCUCAAUGAGGAUGCUGCCGUGGGCACCAGUGUCCUUACAGUCUCUGCCAUUGACCGGGAUGUCAACAGUGUCAUCACCUACCAGAUCACCAAUGGGAACACUCGCAAUCGCUUCUCUAUAACCAGCCAGAGUGGUGGUGGUCUCAUCACCUUGGCCCUACCCUUGGAUUACAAAUUAGAGCGGCAGUACCUGCUUACUAUUACAGCUUCCGACGGCACUCGACUUGAUACAGCCCAGGUCUUUGUUAAUGUGACUGAUGCCAAUACGCAUCGGCCAGUGUUCCAGAGCUCCCAUUACACUGUUAAUAUCAAUGAAGAUAGGCCUGUUGGUACUACUGUAGUGAUUAUUAGUGCUACAGAUGAGGAUACGGGGGAGAAUGCUCGCAUCACUUACUUCAUGGAAGACAGCAUCCCUCAGUUCCGGAUUGAUAUGGACUCUGGUGCUGUUACCACCCAAAUGGAACUGGACUAUGAGGAUCAGGUGUCCUAUACUUUGGCAAUUACAGCCCGGGACAAUGGUAUUCCGCAGAAAUCAGACACCACCUACCUGGAGAUACUAGUCAAUGAUGUAAAUGACAAUGCACCUCAAUUUUUAAGAGAUAGCUAUCAAGGUUCUGUAUAUGAGGAUGUUCCAGCUUUUACUAGUGUCCUGCAGGUUUCUGCUACUGAUAGAGACUCUGGGCUGAAUGGGAGGGUGUUCUAUACCUUUCAGGGUGGGGACGAUGGUGAUGGAGACUUCAUAAUUGAAUCCACUUCAGGCAUUGUUAGGACUUUGCGUAGACUGGACAGGGAGAAUGUACCAUUGUAUGAGCUUAGAGCAUAUGCAGUCGAUAAGGGCAUGCCAGCCUUGAGGAGCCCUAUUGAUGUCCAUAUUACUGUUCUUGAUGUCAAUGAUAAUCCUCCUGUCUUUGAACAGGAUGAGUUUGAUAUCUUUAUCGAGGAGAACAGCCCCAUUGGCUUAGUGGUGGCCCGGAUCACUGCCAGUGACCCAGAUGAGGGCACCAAUGCCCAGAUCAUGUAUCAGAUAGUGGAAGGUAACAUUCCUGAGGUCUUUCAACUUGACAUCUUCUCAGGAGAGCUGACGGCAUUGAUGGAUUUGGAUUAUGAAGCCAAGUCUGAGUAUGUCAUUGUUGUCCAGGCUACAUCAGCUCCGCUGGUAAGCCGGGCCACUGUGCAUGUCCGUUUGCUGGAUAAGAAUGACAACAUUCCUGUCUUGAAGAACUUUGAGAUCAUCUUCAAUAACUACAUCACUAACAAGUCCAGCAGUUUCCCCACUGGUGUGAUUGGCAGAAUCCCAGCCUUUGACCCUGAUGUCUCCGACACACUAAUCUUUAGUUUUGAGCAAGGCAAUGAACUGAAGCUGGUGCUGCUGAACCAGAGUACUGGAGAGCUACGGUUGAGCAGGGCUCUGGAUAACAACAGGCCUUUGGAGGCAAGCAUGAGGGUGUCUGUCUCAGAUGGGAUCCAUAGCGUGGCUGCCCAGUGCACACUCCAGGUGACUAUCAUUACGGAUGAGAUGCUGACCAACAGCAUCACGCUGAGGCUGGAGAACAUGUCCCAGGAACGUUUCCUUUCACCGCUGCUGGCCCUCUUCCUUGAAGGGGUGGCAACUGUGCUGUCUGCUUCCCGUGACCACGUUGUCCUUUUCAACAUCCAGAAUGACAUCGAUGUGCAGGCUGCCCAGAUCCUUAAUGUCAGCCUGUCUGUCUUGCUGCCAGAGGGAGCCCACGGGGGCCGUUACAUUCCUUCGGAGGACCUGCAGGAGCGGCUUUACCUCAAUCGCACUCUCCUGGCGGCCAUUUCGGAGCAGCGGGUUCUGCCCUUCGACGACAACAUCUGUCUGCGGGAGCCCUGUGAGAAUUACAUGCGCUGUGUCUCGGUGCUGAAGUUUGACAGCUCAGCACCCUUCAUUGCUUCCAAAACCAUCCUUUUCCGUCCCAUCCACCCUGUCAGUGGUCUCCGCUGCCGCUGCCCACUUGGCUUCACGGGUGACUAUUGCGAGACUGAGAUCGACCUCUGCUAUUCUAACCCCUGUGGCAACAAUGGGCAGUGCCGAAGCCGUGAAGGAGGAUAUACCUGCGAAUGCCAAGAAGGCUACACUGGGGAGAGUUGUGAGGUGAACUCCCGCCUGGGCCGCUGCACCCCAGGAGUCUGCAAGAACGGUGGCACCUGCGUCAACCUUCUGGUGGGCGGGUUCAAGUGCGACUGCCUGUCAGGAGACUACGAGAAGCCCUACUGCCAGAUGAGUACCCGCAGCUUCCCAGCCCACUCCUUCCUCACUUUUAAGGGCUUGCGCCAGCGCUUCCAUUUCACCCUCACCCUCACGUUUGCCACGAAGGAACGGGAUGGGCUGCUCCUCUACAAUGGGCGCUUCAAUGAGCGACAUGAUUUCGUAGCACUGGAGAUUGUGCAGGAGCAAGUUCAGCUUACUUUCUCAGCAGGAGAGUCAACAAGCACAGUAGCCCCAUUCAUCCCAGGGGGCGUGAGUGAUGGACAGUGGCACACCGUCCACCUGCACUACUACAACAAGCCCAUCAUGGGGAUGUCUGGAGUUCCACAGGGGCCCUCUGACCAGAAAGUAGCUGUGGUGACGGUGGAUGACUGCGACACUUCAGUGGCCUUGAAGUUUGGCUCCGUCCUAGGAAACUAUUCUUGCUCCGCUCAAGGGACACAGUCGGGCACCAAGAAGUCCCUGGAUCUGACAGGCCCACUGUUAUUAGGUGGCGUUCCUGACCUGCCUGAGAGCUUCCCGGUACGGAAUCGGCACUUUGUAGGCUGUAUGCGGGACUUCCUGAUUGAUAAUCGAGAGGUGGACAUGGCUGACUUCAUUGCCAACAAUGGGACCGUGCCUGGUUGUUCAGCCAAGAAAAAUGUUUGUGACAGCAACACGUGCCAUAACGGUGGCACGUGUGUCAACCAGUGGAACACCUUCAGCUGUGAAUGUCCCCUGGGGUUUGGCGGCAAGGACUGCAAGCAAGAAAUGGCAAGUCCCCAGCGUUUCUUGGGCAACAGCGUGGUGACCUGGAGUAACUUGGCAUUAGUCAUUUCGCUUCCAUGGCACAUUGGACUUAUGUUCCGUACUAGGCAGAGCCAUGGCAUCCUCCUCCAUGCCGCUGCUGGGCAGCACUCCACCAUCACCCUUUGGUUAAGCGAAGGGAACGUGCUGAUGACUGUGUCCCGUGCCAACAGCCAGGUCUCAUCAUUGCGGCUGCACCAGGUGAAGGUGAAUGACGGUGACUGGCACCACCUGCAGUUGGAGCUGCACAGCAACAGGGACAACCCAGAAGCCCAGUGCUUAGCCAGAAUGGCCUUUGACUAUGGCCUGCAUCAGGUGGUGGCCAACAUCAGCAGUGAGCUGCAUGGGCUGAAAGUGCGGAACCUGAGCAUUGGUGCUGUGCCAGGGGAGCAGGGGGAGAUGAUGCAAGGCUUCCGUGGCUGUAUGCAGGGUGUACGGCUGGGUGAGACCUCGGCCAGUGCUGUGGCCCUGAAUGUAAACCAAGCUGAGAAGGUGAACGUGGAGCCCGGCUGCAGUAUCCCAGAUCCUUGCGACUCCAACCCUUGUCCUGUCAACAGUUACUGCAAUGACGACUGGGACAGUUACUCCUGCAGCUGUGACCCAGGUUAUUAUGGAGAUGGCUGCGCCAACGUCUGCUCCCUCAACCCCUGUGAGCAUCAGGCCGUGUGCGCCCGCAAGCCCAGUUCGUCCCACGGCUACACCUGUGAGUGUCCUGACAACUACUUUGGGCCCUACUGCGAGAACAAGCUUGCUCAGCCCUGCCCCCGGGGAUGGUGGGGGCAUCCUAUAUGUGGACCCUGCAAUUGUGAUGUCGGCAAAGGCUUUGACCCUGACUGCAACAAAACCAAUGGAGAGUGUCGCUGCAAGGAGAACCACUACCGACCAGCAGACAGUGCCAUGUGUUUGCUCUGUGACUGCUACCCCACAGGCUCGCUGGCUCGCACCUGUGACGCUGAGAAUGGGCUGUGCUCCUGCAAGCCAGGUGUGAUUGGGCGUCGCUGUGACCGCUGUGACAACCCUUUUGCAGAAGUCACCAUCAACGGCUGUGAAGUGAACUACGAUAGCUGCCCACGUGCCAUUGAAGCGAACAUUUGGUGGCCACGCACCCGCUUUGGCUUGCCUGCAGCUGCAUCUUGCCCCAGGGGAUCUGUCGGGACUGCUGUGCGGCACUGCGAUGAACACAAGGGCUGGCUGGCGCCCAACCUCUUCAACUGCACUUCGCUGACCUUUGCUGCGCUGAAGGGCUUUGCAGAGAGGCUGUUGCAGAAUGAGUCACUUCUGGAUACGGAGCAGUCUCAGUGGGUGGCUCUCCAGCUUCGCAAUGCUACGCAGAACACGGCCAGUUUCUUUGGUAGUGACAUCAAGGUGGCUUAUCACCUCUCAGCCCAGCUCCUGAAGCAUGAGAGCACCCAAGAAGGCUUUGGCUUGGCUGCUACACAGGAUGUACACUUCACAGAGAACCUGCUCAAGGUGGGCAGUGCCCUGCUGGACAACGGCAACAAACGCCACUGGGCACUGAUCCAGCAGGCCGAGGGGGGCACGGCUCAGCUGCUCAAGCACUUUGAGGACUAUGCCAGCACUCUGGCCCAGAACAUGCGCAAGACGUACCUGAACCCCUUCACCAUCAUCACACCCAACAUCGUCAUUUCUGUGGUCAGGCUGGAGAAGAUGAACUUUGCUGGUGCAAAGCUGCCUCACUACGAGGCACUCCGGGGCGAGAAACCUGCAGACCUAGAGACUACCGUCAUCCUUCCUGAAAGUGUCUUCAAGGCUCCGGAAGGCAAACAACCUUCUAUGGCCAGUGCCAAGCAUCUCCCUGGCGCUGGUGAGGAGGAAGAACCUGCCCUGAUGACGAGACAGAAGAGACACCCAGAUCUGAGUGAGGGCCAGGCCAUUGCCAGCGUGAUCAUCUACCGCACGCUAGCAGGUCUGCUUCCAGAGCAGUAUGACACGGAUAAGCGGAGCCUGAGAGUCCCCAAGCGCCCCAUCAUCAACACCCCAGUGGUGAGCAUCAGCAUCCAUGACAAUGAUGCACUGAUGCAGCGGGCCCUUGAGAAACCCAUCACAGUGCAAUUUCGGCUGCUGGAAACUGAGGAGCGCACCAAGCCUAUCUGUGUCUUCUGGAACCACUCCAUCCUGGUCAGUGGGACCGGUGGCUGGUCAGCCAAAGGCUGUGAGGUCGUCUUCAGGAACGAGACCCACGUCAGCUGCCAGUGUAACCACAUGACCAGCUUUGCCGUACUGAUGGACAUUUCUCGCAGAGAGAAUGGCGAGAUCCUGCCCCUGAAGACCAUCACGUAUGCCUCCAUUGCAGUGACCCUGGGCAGCCUCCUGCUCACCUUCCUCUUCCUGGCUGGACUGCGAGCCCUGCGAUCCAACCAGCAAAGCAUCCGCAAGAAUCUAGUGGCGGCACUAUUUCUCUCCGAACUCAUCUUCCUCCUGGGCAUCAACCAAGCAGACCUGCCAUUUGCCUGCACCGUCAUUGCGAUCUUGCUGCACUUUCUGUACAUGUGCACCUUUGCCUGGGCACUGCUAGAAGCACUGCACAUUUACCGCAUGCUGAGUGAGGUGCGCGACAUCAACUACGGCCCCAUGCGCUUCUACUACAUGGUUGGCUGGGGUGUGCCAGCAUUCAUCACAGGACUCGCUGUCGGCCUGGACCCUGAAGGCUAUGGGAACCCAGACUUCUGUUGGCUCUCCAUCUAUGAUACACUGAUUUGGAGCUUCGCUGGACCCAUUGCCUUUGCUGUUGCAAUGAGUGUCUUCCUCUAUGUCCUGGCAACCAAGGCCACUUGUGCUGCUCAGCAACAGGGGUUUGAGAAGAAGGGAACAGUCUCCGGCCUCCGUUCAGGCUUCGUCUCCCUGCUGCUGAUCAGUGUCACCUGGCUGCUGGCCCUGCUGUCUGUGAACAGUGACGCCAUUCUCUUCCACUACCUCUUUGCUGGCUUCAACUGCCUCCAGGGACCCUUAAUUUUCCUUCUGUGUGUCAUUUUAUGCAAAGAAGUGAGGAAAGCUCUCAGAUCCAGCUGCGGCAAGAAGCACAGCGCAGACCCCACACUUACCACCAAAUCUACGUUGACAGCGGCUUAUAACUGCAACAGCACAUACGUGGAUGGGCAGCUGUACCACACGCCUUUUGGAGACUCUACUGGUUCCUUGCACAGCACUGUCCGCUCAGGCAAGAGUCAGCACAGCUACAUCCCCUUUGUGCUCAGGGAGGAAUCUGGCUUGAACAACAGUCAGGUGCACAUUGGGCCUACGGACCCCAGCGCACUCUUUUUGGAAGAUAAGGAUCAGAACAAUGAACGUGACACAGACUCGGACAGUGACCUCUCCUUGGAGGAUGACCAGAGUGGUUCCUAUGCUUCAACCCACUCCUCUGACAGUGAGGAGGAUGAAGAAUUUGCCAGGGAGCCCUGCUGGGAGAAUUUGCUGUGCCCCAACAAUGAGAAACUGCUAGCACAGAGCACUCCAAAGGCAGACAACCUCUCUGGCCCUGGCAAACCUUAUUGGCCGGGUGACUUUGUGACCACUGCUAGCGAGAGUGAUGGGCAUGCUGGUUCGGAGAAGCUGCGUGUGGAGCCGGUCGGCAAGAAUGACCGGCUGGGUCCAACAGAGGAGGUGCCCAGAGAGAACGGGGAGACACAGACCAGGGAGAGCCUCUUGGGCUCACUGCCUCACCCCACUGCUCAGCCCCAGAAAGGCAUCCUAAAGAAGAAGUGCUUGCCGCCCAUCAGCGAGAAGAACAGCAUCCAGCGCAUCCAUAACAAGCUCUCCAGCUGCCGCUCAGGGAUGGUGUCAUCACACGGCUCUUCGGGCAGUGACGGCAGCCGCGGGGGCGGGGCACCGCGCCCCCGCCAGACGCUACAGGAGCAGCUCAACGGCUUGACGCCGAUCACCAUGAGCAUAAAGACUGGCACAGUGGACGAGGACUCUUCGGGCUCCGAUCCAGGAGCCAGGAUUGCUCUCAAACCGCAGCGAGGAAUGUUGUCUCCUUCAGCCCAGCCCGGCCCAGGGAGCUGGAUCCACCGUAUGUAGUGCCAAAUGAGAACCAGCCUGCUGUCCCGGCACCAGGGGAACGGCAGGUCCCAGGAGGCGGACCUACUUGAACAGAUGCACUUUGGAUCAUUGUAAAACAGACAGAAACCGAAACACAAACUUGAUCACCUCCAAGUCUUCAGGGAUUUUCAUGCUUUGUUGCCCAGUCUGGAACUGCUGCGUGUCUGGAAUAUUUUUUUCCCUUACCUAUCAAAGUUGGGCUGGGGGAUCCUCAGCAGCAGCCACAUGCCGGGGCCUCUGGAAAUGCAUUACUGUGCAGAUGUUUGCAUAUUUGACAAUGCAGCGGAGCGGGGGGGAGGGGCGGGCGGUGUUCUGUGUGCUUGAAGAUGGCUGCCACUAGGGGGCACUGAGAACUGUAGGUUUUAGCUUGAGGAGGCAAACCAGGAAUGGGGCCCAUUUUCUGGAGGGCACUGCUCUGGCCCCCUGUGACAAUAGGGGCUGGGUGUGGGUGCAACUUUGAAUUAAAGCCUGAGGGUGCAACAGACUUGGUUAUGCAGGGUUCCUGCAUGAGACCUAUGCUAGGCACUGCUUAGGGGAUGGCAAGCUCACUUAGCAAGCCAGCUGAGUGCUUCCCUCCCUCUACAAUAAGUGUGUGUUCAUCAUAACCCUGAUCCAGGAGCAUGGGUAUAAGCACACUUCCCGCGGUGCAAUUGAACCUUGUUCAUACAGUGUGCAGGUCAGUCCCUGGCUGUUUGGCACACAGGAAAGAGAGGAGUCCGAAAUCUUGUCUUUGCUAUACUCAUAGAAUUGGGAAAGAAAGGAUCAUCCAAAUAGCUUUUCCCUGGACUCUGUAUAAGUACCCUUCCAGUCUCUACAGGCCAGAACCCAGCGCCUCCUGCACUGUUCUGGCCCAAGGAAAAUGUUUUUUUUAUUAUUAUUUUAAUGUUAUUGUUUAAUGAAGUGGUAGGAUUGCUACAGAAACCCAUAGCCAUGUUAAUUGCCAUCAUGCUCCCUACAUCCGUGGACUCUGCAGUGUUGCAUCCACUGUGGAUCUCGUCCGUUCUCUGGCAAGUUGCUUACUCCAGCCUCAGUGCUCCAGAUUGCACAGUGGAACCAGGGGCAAAGGACCCAACAGAGGUCACUGGCGUCACUGGAAAUGCUCCUCCUCAAACCAGGAUAGCCACGUUUGAACCACUUGGUGGCGACGGCCAUUUCUCCAAGCUCAGCCUGCUGAUCCAGUGACUUGGCCCUGCCGGGAUGCUCCGAGAGGCAGCCCACAAGGUGCUGAGCACCGUGGAUGGGUGUGGCCUGCUGAGCCAUCAGUCCAUGCUGCAAUUAUUUUCAUAGAAAACGACAAAAAGAAAAAAGCCCCCGCCUCCCGCUCCUCUCAGCCCGUCAGCACCUGGUCCGUGUGCUACUGGGCUGGGGCAGGGAUGCUGCCUUGAUGUCUCCCAAUAGCGCCUGGCCUUCCUGCCGAUAGGGCGCUGCCUUUCUGCCUCAGAAGCCUUCAUUUUUCUACACACAGCCAAGCCUGAUGCCUGCUCAUAAUGGGGAUUUUCAUGCUGGGUCCUUUUGGAAAGUACUUUUUUUAUAAUGUUCCUUGGGAAAGAGAUUUUUCUGAUAAGGGAAUCGGGGGGAGCGGCUUGGGGAGGGGUGAAGGCACUGUUUAUUUUGAUGUGUGUGUGUGUGUGUGUGUGUGUGUAUGUUUAUUUGACCACUGCUGAAGGAUGUUCUAAUUUAAAGACGUGAAAAGCCCUCUGGGUUACACCUUCCGCUUCAUAGCGAUGCUAAGUCUCCUUCGCUGGGGUGCGCGGAGACUGAUGCGCUUUACCGACUUAGCCGAGCUUUGCACAAUGAGGUGUUAAUCGGGACUUGACCAUGGUUAUGGCCUGGCUUAUGAAGAGAUGCGGUUCCGAAAAUGGGGCCCCUCCUUUUCGUCGCCUCUGGAAACCUUGGCCAUUGCCGUCCAGCCCUUUAGUGGCCUCUUGUCCUUGCCAAUCCCUAAACCCUUUCUUGGAAUGUUUUUUUUAACAUAAAUAGGAUGUGGUUCUCUUAAAUCUGUGUAAUGUCAGCCUGGCACUUUAGUCGCAUCCACUGUGUUUGCCACCCACAAUGCUAAGCAGACAGCAGGGGAUCAGUUCCAGCCUCUUAAAUACAUGGAUUGAUCCAACACAGCCUUGCUUCCGUCGAGUGUCCCUUGUGAGCCAUUUGGCUCUAGCCCAGUUAAGUGAAAAGAGAUGUUCCCUCCAUGUAUACAAGAGAGCAGCAUUUGACAAUUUCCACCUAAUGCUCAACCCUGCUUGGUCAAGUUCUGCUCCUUAUACCCAAGGCAAAGUGGAGAGCUACAUGAAAAUAAGGUCCAAACAGCAAAGACCUUACCUAUCGCAACUCCCUUGGUAUGUUGCUUGCUGUCGUUAUUCGAGCACUGAAGGGUGUUCGAGGAAGCUCUGGACUUCCUGGCUUCUCUCUUAGGUAGACAGUGUCUUCCUUCGUGAGCCAUAGGUGACUGCAAAGAGGGGAGUGAUGCUUCCAAACAUAGGGAAUGGGACACUCCCUUUGACCCUGGCUGUACACCAACCAAACCAGCUAGGAAAAAACUACAUCAUCUGAUCACUUUAGAUGCAUGGAACAAACAGAUCCAGUCAAGAAAUUGACUGAAAGAAGAGGCAAACAGAGAAGCUUUUGCUCUCAAAUGUUGCAUUGCCAACUCUUAAGGGCGGGGCAAGUACCUUCCUGAAUCUCUCUAUUCCAGAGAAGUAACCGCAGAAGUCUAGCUAUCCACUCUACAGUGCUGAAAGAAGGUUUGAAGAGAGGGCCAUUGCCCACUGUACAAUGUCUUCCAUAAGCCCCCUCCACCGAAUAGAACAGCUUGAACGUGUAUUGUUCUCCUGUCAGCGUUUGCCAAAUAUUUUCUGCCAGGGUUCCAUGGCAGGCAACUAUCUAGCAGGUGAAGCCUUUCCUAUCACUGGGAAAACCAUCGCCUGCUAUAUUUUUGCUUGUCGUGAAACCAUUAAAGGUACAGGAGUUCUACAGACCAAAACGUUGGCACCUGCUCCCUCACUCCAGCCCGUACAGUACCUCUAACCCUGAGGUAUUAGACUGCAACCCAAGUGCACAGAAUAGCCUACAAUGACUUCCUAUGCAAGAUCUCUUUCAUAUGGAGAACCCAUUAACUGAGACAAAGUAGAAAGCAGUAGUGAAUAAAGAAUUUGGGAUAUGCUCUCCAAAUCUCCGGUGACUUCCAGAAAAAUACUCUGCCCCCCAAGGUGGGACAGACUUGGGGGUGGUUGGGAGUGCUCCUCCACUAGUAAUUAAAUGUAAGCAGCAGGGAAGUGUUAAACUUUAGAAGGAUCAAAGAUUAUGGAGGAACCAGCUCCUUUAGGGAGCUCAAUACAUGAGUUCAGCUUCUGCUUCAUCACCACAACCAGUUAAUCUUUGAGUCAAUCUGCUGUCCACAAAGAACCAGUUGUUUCACCUCUGGAGAUGAUGUAUUUGGCAUGUCUGCAUUUUAAUUUAUUUUUUAAAAAUAUACAUAUAUUUGCUCAAGAUUGUUUAUCCAUAGCUGUGCCAUCCUAAGGGAGGGGCUGGAACAAAUGGUGGAGUCAAAGGAAGACCAGCAUUGCUGUCUGAACUGGAAGCAUUUAGAGCAGCCUUACCCAACCUGGUUUCCUCCAGAAGUGUUGGACUACAGCUCCCAUCAUUCACAGUCAGCAUGGCCAAUGGCCAACCCUCAGUGAUUUAGAAGUAUUUGAAGCAAGAAAAUGCCCAGAGAAGCACAGGGGAAGGAUGCCUAAUUGAGAGAUGCAGCCCACCGCCUGGAUUGCCCACCUGGGUUGAGUGUUGAGCUGUGUGCAGCAUUAAGACAUGGCUGGGCAACUUGUGGUCCUCCAGACAUUUUAGCCUACAACUACUGUUGUCCCUCAAUGCUGGCUCGGGCUGAUGGGAGUUGUAGGCCAAAACAUUUAGAGGGCCGCAAUUUGCCUGAUCCUGUGGUAAAUGAUAAAUGGAAAAGGAGUCAGUCUGAUUGACGUGGCACCUGUAGUGAAGCUGCAGGCAUGGAAGAUGCAGACUUUUAUCUCUGCACCUUUGCACCGCUGAACACACCCUUCACGUCUCAGGCAAUUAAUAGAUACCACUGCUGUCCAAACCUGAGCCUGUAAUUGUAGGCUCGGGGCCCUAGUCUGUUAAUAUUAACUUCCACACAGCUGACUCUUCCAUUUACUCUUCCCUCCUGCAAUAGAUAAUGAGGUUGUUUCUAGGGGAGCCCAGCCAGGUAUGAUUGUCCCCCCCUUUUGCUUGUAGGGCUCCAGUGCCUUGAAUAGUUGCAUGCCAUACAGAAAUUCAACUUGACUUUCUGCCUGACAGGCAGCUGUAGGAUGUGCUGGAUCCUUGCCAGCGGAAGAAGUGGCAGUCCUACUUUUCCCCUCGAGAAGCCCAGCUUUAGCAAGAGAUCAGGGGUGGGGAGAGAUCUGCUGAUUUAAUCCUUUGGGGGAACAAGAUGUUUUCUUAACUAUUGAUGUGAUGCUGGCUCUUCCUUUGGUACAAAUAAUUGAAGUGUACAGUUAGGGUUGCUAAUGUAAAUACUAUAGGGUUCAUCCCCCUUCCCUAAAUAAUAAAAUCAUAGUUCUGUG